AUGGGUUUCGGCUUGACCACCGCGACUGUCUUCCUACCGAAAAACCACAAGGAGGAGUUUAAAUGGCGAAUGUGGGCAAGAGGAAUUGGAUGCCAUUGUAGUGGAAGCGCUGUUUCUGCUAGAAAGCGUUCUUUGGAUAACUUACGGGAUGGCGCUCGUUCAUUGGCUCAGACGAAGGCCGACUGCCGGUUGGCUCUCCACGCUUCAUUUACUAUUGAUUGGCUCCUUGGGAAAGGUAUAUCUGGACCACUAGUUUUAUCAAUCUUCACGACAUGUUUUGGCUCAUCGUUUCUCCUGGGCUACAAUCUGGGCGUCGCAAAUCUGCCCGGAGAUAACAUCAAAAGGUUUUUGGUUGGCUACUACAAGCCUGAUAACACGUCCGGUUUGGAUGCCAACUUCCUCUACGGCCAGACAACCUCGGUGCUGGUCAUCUGUGCCGCCAUUGCAGCCUUCACCUGCGGUUGGAUCGCCGAUGGCCUGGGCAGGAAGCGCAGCCUAAUGAUGAACAAUGUGGUCGGCAUUGUGGGAUCAAUUAUCUCUUCUGUGUGUCUGGUGGCGAAUCAGCCUGCCCUGCUGUAUUUCGGACGUGCGAUCAGUGGUCUGAACAGCGGUCUGAGCAUUGGUGUUGCAGCGAUGUUCCUCACAGAGAUCGCGCCACGUCAUCUGCGGGGCAUGAUCGGAGCUUGCAACCAACUGGCUAUUACCAUCGGCAUUCUCAUCUCCUAUGUGCUCACCCUCACGCACCUCCUGAACACACCUACUCUCUGGCCAGUCGCCAUGGGCGUCGGCGCCAUCCCCGCUGCAGUCGCUCUCGUCAUCUCCUUCUUCACUGUCGAGUCGCCGCGUUGGCUCUACCUCAAGAAGAAGGACGAGGAGGCUGCACGCAAAGCCUUUGCUCACAUUAACGGCUCCGAGAAUGUGGACAUGUUCAUCGCCGAGAUGCGCGAAGAGCUAGAGGUGGCUCAGAACCAACCAGAGUUCAAAUUUGUUGAGCUCUUUCGUCGCAGAGAUCUCCGUAUGCCUGUCAUCUUAGCGGUUCUCAUCCAGGUCAUGCAGCAGCUCUCGGGAAUUAAUGCUGUGGUUGCGAAUUCCUCGGAAAUGUUGAAAGGCGCCAACGUGUCGUCAGACAUGCUGGAGUACUUUGUGGUAGGCCUGGGUCUGCUCAACGUCAUCUGCACAAUCGUGGCGCUGCCGCUGUUGGAGAAGGCGGGUCGGCGCACUCUUCUGCUGUGGCCCACCCUCGUGCUGGCAUUAACACUGCUGCUUCUGGUGAUCUUCGUUAAUAUCGCUAACAACGAUGGUGUUGUCAAUAAGAUGCCCUUCAUUCUCGUUUCUGCUGUCCUCGUCUUCAUCUAUGUCGCCGCCUUCGCCAUGGGUCUCGGUCCAAUGCCCGCGCUUAUCGUCGCCGAAAUCUUCCGUCAGGGUCCCCGCGCCGCCGCCUAUUCCCUCAGUCAGAGCAUCCAGUGGGCCUGCAAUCUCAUUGUCGUAGCCUCCUUCCCUUCGCUCAACGGGCUGUUGAAAGGCUACGUUUACCUGCCGUAUCUUGUGGUGGUGGUGGUUUGCUGGGUGGUAUUCUUCCUCUUCAUGCCGGAGACGAAGAACCGCACCUUUGAUGAGGUGGCACGUGAUCUGGCCUUCGGGAGCAUUGUGGUGGGUAAGCGCACCGCGGCGCUGCAGUCGCCUGUCUUCACCAAGGAAGACGAGGAGGCCGCCACCGCUCUCCGACGCACUGACGACGACUCCAAGGUCGAUGCCUAG